CUAGUACUUCAACACAAUACCCCUCUGCAAUGUGCGUUUAAGACGUUCAUCUGCAUGUUUCAAGCCUUCACUCAACUGCGGAGCAAUCCGCGGCAUUUACAAGCGCGAGCUCUUCAGAGCAGACAUUGGCACCGCACAGCAAUAUAGAUGGAAUUGUAAUAAUGGAAUACCACUGGGUACUGUUUUCUAUCUUGUUGCAGUUAUCCAUCCAAACAGGUAGCGCCAGACCCACCAUCACCCCCAGAGGCCUCCACCUGGUCAUUCCACUCAACAUCCCCUUUAGCCUGCUUUGCCAGGGUGACCAGGUGGUGCAGUGGCAGCGGGAGGAUCGCCCCAAACUGAGGGGCGAGGAGCGGACUAAUGGGGCGUCAGUCCUGAAAAUCCCCAGAGCUCAGCCUGGCCACAUGGGCCGAUACAUCUGUCUGGAGGAGAGAACCGGAGAGCAGAGCUCUAUCUACGUCUACGUCAAAGAUCCUGAUAAUGUCUUUAGAAAGACCAUUGUGUUCAGUAUCCUGACUCGUGCGGGAGACAGUGCCUCCAUCCCCUGCCUAGCAACCGACCCGAGAGUGGUCAACCUGCGCCUGGAGCCAUGCCAUGGCGGUGCCCUCCCUAAUGGUCUCCACUAUGCUGCCAGCCUGGAGCGGGGCAUGGUUAUCGAUGACACUAAGAAGGCCUUUGAGGGCUGUUACAUCUGCACUGGCAGACUGGGCGGUGCCCUCGUUAAAUCACAGAACUAUGAUCUGACUGUGCGACCAGUCCCAGAUGUGCCCCCUGUGAUUGAGUUGCGUGGGCCCAAGAGGGUGGUCCUGACGCGGGGCCAAAAUCUCACCCUGACCUGCAGCACCACCAACGUCAACGGAGACAUCAAGCUGAAGUGGGCCGCUCCGCCGGGCACAGAUGCCGUAUGGGCUUCGUAUCCACAGCAACCGGCAGUGGAGAAUGGCUCACGUAUCCUGACUGAGCCCAUCACACACGUCCGCAGCGCUACACUCCAAGUCAACUCUGUCGGGACACAGGAUUCUGGGAGAUAUCGAUGUGAGGGUCAGAAUGAGAAGGGGAUCAGCUCUGAGUCAAUCUGGCUGGAUGUCUAUGAUAGAGGUUUCAUCAACCUGGCUCCGUCAGAUAACAGUUCUGUGCGUGUGCGUGCUGGGGAGAGUCUGUCCCUGCAUCUGGACAUGGAGGCCUAUCCCAAACCACACACCUUCUCCUGGAGCUUCUCAGGCCAGCAGCUGAGGAACACCUCUGAUCAUGUCAUCACCAAACAGAACCACCAAUACAGGUACAACAGUGAGCUCAGGCUGGUGCGUUUGAAAAUGUCAGAGAGUGGAGUCUACACCUUUUAUGCCUCCAAUGGUGAUGCAACAAUCAAUCAGUCAUUUACGGUCUACGUUAUCAGUAAACCAGAGAUUGUAUCUCAUGAUGGCCCAGUUGAUGGACAGGUGCGAUGUGUAGCUGAGGGAUACCCUGCCCCACAGAUCACCUGGUACUACUGUGAACAGCCUUAUAUGAGGUGCUCCAACCAGAUGAACGCCACUCAGGAGGAGCAGGACAUUGUCACAGUGACGUUGUUGAGUCCUUCCUUUGGGAAGACGGAGGUGGAGAGCAGGCUGAACAUUACCACAGGAAGAUUCCACACGCUGGAGUGUGUGGCCACCGUGGAGGGAGAGCAGGACUUCACACUGUUCUCUAUCAGUGAGAGAACAGUUCCCCAUGAGCUCUUCACACCUCUGCUGAUUGGCAUAGUGUCAGCAACUGCCCUCCUCAUCCUCAUCCUCAUAGUGCUCUUCUACAAGUACCUGCAGAAACCCAAAUACCAGAUCCAGUGGAAAGUCAUUGAAGGUAUCCACGGAAACAACUAUGUGUAUAUUGACCCUACCCAGCUCCCAUACGAUCACGAGUGGGAGUUCCCCCGGGACAAACUGCGUUUCGGGAAAACUCUGGGCUCCGGAGCCUUCGGGAAGGUAGUGGAGGCUACUGCUUAUGGGAUGUCCAAAGCUGAUACAGUGAUGACAGUGGCGGUCAAAAUGCUCAAACCCAGUGCCCAUGCCACUGAGAAGGAGGCUCUGAUGUCAGAGCUGAAAGUUCUCAGUUACCUGGGAAACCACAUGAACAUUGUCAACCUGCUGGGAGCCUGUACUGUUGGAGGCCCAACCCUGGUGAUCACAGAGUAUUGCUGCUUCGGUGACCUCCUCAACUUUCUGAGGAGGAAGAGGGAGACGUUCUUUUGUGACACGUUAGGGGAGGACUGCUACUACAGGAAUGUCAUGCUGCAGAGGGAGACAGCUCCAGCUGGGUCAGAUGGAGACAGCAGGAAUGGCUACAUGGAAAUGAGGCCUUCUGUCACUGGUGUCCUGCCCAAUGGCUUCUCCUCAGAGAAGAGAAUCUCGAUACGCAAACCAGGUGGUUCCAGUAGUGAGCCUGAUGUUGUGAGUGAGAUGCUCCAUGAGGACAGUCUCUCUCUGGACACUGAGGAUCUGCUCAGCUUCUCCUAUCAAGUGGCCAAAGGCAUGGACUUCCUGGCUUCCAAGAAUUGCAUCCACAGAGACCUGGCUGCCCGGAACAUUCUGCUGACUCAGGGGCGAGUGGCAAAGAUCUGUGACUUCGGCUUGGCCCGUGACAUCACCACAGACUCCAACUAUGUGGUCAAAGGCAAUGCUCGCCUCCCAGUCAAGUGGAUGUCUCCAGAGAGCAUCUUUGAAUGUGUGUACACAUUUGAGAGUGACGUAUGGUCCUAUGGCAUCUUGCUCUGGGAAAUCUUCUCACUCGGAAGCAGUCCAUAUCCUGGGAUGCUUGUGGACUCAAAGUUCUACAAAAUGAUUAAGGAAGGAUAUAGAAUGGAUGCCCCAGAGUUUGCACCGAGUGAAAUGUAUGAGAUAAUGAGGUCGUGCUGGGACUCGAACCCCUUUAAGAGGCACUCCUUCAGCAAGGUGGUGGAGAGGAUUGAACAACAGCUGUCAGACACCACCAAACACAUCUAUCUGAACUUCAGCUCCAGGUUUCCGGUUACAAUGGGGCAACAGGUUACCAGCGUGGACCAGGGGACGCAGAAUGCCAACAUCCUUUGCCUCAACUCUGUGGGCAGCAGCAACGCCUCCACUCAGCCCCUAUUGGCCAGCGCCAGCGAUGACAUCUUUCUGGGGGAGAUGGCCACCGGGCUCAGGGUCCACCAGGUGUAAGGCCCCACCCACGAUGGCUGCCCCAUAAAGUGCCUGUUCAGUGCCAUACAGAAUAUCCCACCACACUCUAUUCCAAUCAUAUACUGUGUCUAGCUAUUAGCCACCCCUUCCCAAACUUAUGCCUAGCUGUUAGCCUCCCCCUUCAGACCGAGGUUUCAAGAAGGAUCCUCUCGAAUCCUCUGCUCCUGGCCGCCUUAGGGGGUACCAUUCCGAGAUCAUUACUGCAUAUCAAUUUUGAUGUGCUGUUUGAAAUGGACACUAUAGUUUAUAGCUCCAUAGUGGUGCUAUUUUCAGAGGACUUUCCUCAAUGUUGCUGUUACUGUAUCUUAUAUGUUUAAUACAAUGUUUUUGUUUGUUUCACAUUUCCGUUGUCAAUGUAUUAAACUGAAUUACUAUGUUUUGUUUUAAAUAUAAUUUUUUUCUAAAACAAAAUAAUGUAGCAUUUAUAAUGGUUGAAAUACAAUUAUCGUUGGAGGUGAAAGUACUUGAAAUGUAUCAUCUUUCCAGAUGUAGGCAUCAUGUAAUGAAGCUUUCAGUUGACCUUUUUUCUGUUGCAUCUUUUUAAAAGUUAAUGUUAGUAUUAUUCCACAAGUUCAGUUUUGGUGAUUAUGUGAAGGAGAGACAUUUCUAGGGCCAAUGGCUGAAAUUAUAUUCAGUAGGUUAAGUCUCAAAACGUCUCAAUCUAAUGAACCGAUAAGCAUGGUACUAUGACUGUUUAUAUGUGUAUAUAUUGACCUUGUGUAUGACUAGUAAUACGUGUAUGAUGUGAGCGGUAGUAUUAGCUUAGAUUCAGCAAAGGUUGCUUGCUGGAGAAUCCUUGUAAAUAUGUAAAUAUGUUGCUUGUGUCGGCACCUCUUCUGUCUUUUACAGUAUGUGACCCUUGUUUACAUUUGUCAUCAGACAGGUACUGCCAUAUCACUAUGGGGUUUCUUUAGUAUAAAAACUGUCACCAAAGAUGGGGAAGGUUGAAACAGUGCAUGGUUAGGAUGAGCAUACUGUAUAAGGGAAAAGGUGAUUAGCCAGUGGAUGCUUUCUACUCUUACAGAUUGUUAAAGAAGGCGUUCUGUUUUGAGACAAAAAGCCAAUGAUGCCAAUGUGGAGCUUGCAGAACAAACCAAUAACUGUUCUGAGAAAAAGCCAAUGGGAAGAAUGCCGCUCAGAUGAAUAGCCAAUUUGGUGUUAGAUGUUAGAGCUGUCUAAUCAAACAAGGUUGUGACAUGUCUUAGAGCUCCCUACAGUCCUGUGGGCAGUACCCUCAGUGCACUCAUCCCAGUCAUCAGUAGCUGAUUUCUCAGCCUUCCCUCAGCUCUUUAUGUCCAGCUGCUUCCUCUGACGGAAGUGUCACUUCCACCAUCUCUCAGCCAGAGCUCUGUAUCACUUCAGACUCCCAUCACUAGGACUUCCCUCUUCCCACACUGAGAUAUUGUUGUGAAGAGCACCUGGAAAUGCACAGACUGAAGUGUGUGCGUCCGUGUGUCUGUGUGUGUAGGUGCCACAGUAUGAAAUGUAUGACAUUUACCCAUCUCACUUUUCAACCCUGUCUCCUUCCCAAAGCUGGCUCUUUGUAAAUAUGUGUGUGAAUACAAUGUAAAGUAAUGUGGAUGCUGUCUUAAUGUUUUAUUUUCUAUUGAUAUGGUAUAUUUAAUGCACACCUCUGAUAUUCUGUAAUAUAAAACAUUUCCUACCACAAAUAGAUACACAGAGAUACAUCCAUUAAAUAUAUACUGUACAUCUUCUUCUUUGGAGGUAAACUGCUUGUUUUUCUGUUUUCUUGUGACAACUGUAGAUGUCUUUGUUUGGACAUUGCUGUAGAUUCCUUGUGUAGUGUCAUUUUCCCUUGGCUAACCAUCGCAUGCUGUCUUCUACAAGCAAGCCAAAACAUUUGUUCUUUAUUGUCAAAUGCUUUUGUACAGCUUUGCCUUGAAAAUAAAGUUUGUUUUCAGCCCCAAACAGGAAAGCUUCAUACUUUCUUGGCAAUAGCAAAUAUUGUUCUAAUUUGGCUAAUUACAAGCAAGGAUGAGUAGAGCUGUAGGGCAAUGACUCACAUCAAUGCAAUGCUCAUUCCCCAUUCCCCCUUCUGUCACACUGAAUUGGAGACCUCAAAAUAGGUAAUUACACACUAAUAACAUAGUAGUUACAUGUUUAUCUGUGUCAUUCGUCACACUGUUAAAGAUAGCACAACCAAAAUAUUGUCUGAUUAUCCCUAACAAGGUUACGCUGGAAAAGUUGAUAUAAUAUGAUGCUUGUUUUCAAACUUUUAGGAAAUUUGUAUUUUCCCCCUAUUCAAAGAUAAGUUUAUUUUGUAUAUUUGUUGUAUAUUUAUUUUACAAGAGACAAAGUUGUUUGUUGUGCACAUUUGCAAAGUAUUGCUAUGUCUUGUGUUACUGUAAUAUAAAUAAAAGAAACCCUUAAACAAUA